UGUCCCAUUGCACCCAUUUAUGAACUCGUACUUACUUUUUUGACAAGAAACAUGGGAACCAAGUUCAUGAAAAAAUUUCGUAAUCUUUAUUCAAGUACUUAUAAGUUAUAUGUAAGUUUACAAACAAGUGUACACAAAACAGUUCUGUUACAGCUGACCCGAUGCGGCAGACCAUUGAAAUAAUUCUUUUGCCGAACAAAUUUCUAGUUAAGGACUAAGCGUAGGGAAGGUCGACGAAUGAACAGUAUUGUAGUACCUUAUCUAUUCAUAAAUUAUUCAUUUCAAUUUGAAAUUUUUGAUAAGGCUUUCGAGGACUAAGCUGUUAUACCCUGUGAAACAUGAUACAUUAGUCAAAACAAUAAUUAGCCGAUUGAAAGUAUUUAACGAAUUAUUGCGUUUUGAAAUAUAUGAAAAUAUAAAUAAAAAUAUGUACUUACAUAUGUAUAUAAAUCAGUAUUUAUCUCUAACUUAAAGCUUUUAGUUUAAACUAAUCUCGCAAUGAAGUAUACAUUCUACCUUUUCGUUUUCUUGUGUAACACACAAUUUGUCACAACUUGGCGCUCAUUUACAUUUCGCUUCUCUGCAAUACAAUGUACGAAACGAUCACAACUUAUCUCAUACAUAAAUUGUUCAAUUCCGCAACCAACUGGACCUAGGGACGGCCUUUCACUUAGCUUGAAGUUUUCUACUGCCAUUGUGAAUCCCUACCUCGACCUAAUAGUAACAGCUACUCGGAGCUCUCAAUCGGAGUUUGUAAUUGUCAACAUAACACAGUUUGAUGGCUGCAAAUUUCUACAGAACAGCAACCGCUUCAAUUUAUUGAAAAUUUUGCGCAAUGAAUUCGAAAAAUUUGCGAAAAUGCCAAAUAAGUGCCCAGUGGCAAAGGGCACGGAAAUACAUGUGAAGAACAUGUCAUUGGAUCCGGAAAGGUUUCCCCCAUAUGUACCACAAACAGGUUUCAAGACAGAAGUGCGACUGUGGGAAAAAUACAUGCCCCUUUUUAACCUCAAUGUUAUUGGAAGGGUUGAUAUGAAAAAACGUAUUACGAAACAGCAAUCAAAUAAAUAAUGGAGGCUAUUGGAAAUGCGCCCAACUCUUUUUUACACGGUUUCUUUUUACAUGGAUUUGAAGUUACACGGUUGAAAAAAAAACAAAUAAUUUU